GCUUGGAGCAGGGCAGGACUUCGCCGGGUGUGAGCUCGGCCUGUGAUGUCUGCGGGACUGGUUGCUGCGGAGCUGCAGCUCAGCGAGAAACGCUACCCGCGGUGGCCCACUCUCUUGCACACCUUCGUCCUACUGCUGUGCUUGCUGGAAGCGGCUUGUUCCGGAAGUCAGACCACAACCCACUCUCUGCGCUACGACUUCAUUGCUCUUUCCCAGCCCAGCCCUGGGCAAAGCCCUUUUGAAGUCUCAGGCUACCUGGAUGACCAGCUUUUCUUAUGGUGCUGCAAGGAGGGCAGGUGGGCAGAGCCCCACACAUCCUGGGCUCAGGCCAGGGACCCAAGAGCUUGGGAAAAGCUGGUUCUCAGACUGAAGGCCAGAGCCCAGCACCUUGUCACCAUCCUGAGGAGCAUCAUGGCACACAACAACCAGAGCCAAGAGUCACACACCCUCCAGACCACAGUGGUCUGUGAGUUGUUGGGGAACCAGAGCAGCUGGGGACAAUGGCACUACAACUAUGAUGGCCAGGACUUCCUUCUUAGCACACUUGAGUCUUUCAACGCCAGCAGAAGCCAACCAGAACCAAGCAGAGCUGCAGAAAGGGAGAAGGGAAGGGAGCAAUCCUUCCUGGCCCAGAGCUGCAUCUACCCUCUCCGGAAGUACCUGGAAGCUGGGGUGGGACUGUGGCCCACCAUAGGUGUGAUAGAGCCUCCCCACACAAAACACCCCCCAGUCUGGAUCUUCUGUGGGCUCCUGGCUUCUGCAGUGGUUGCUGUGGGAGCUGCCGGUGCCUUCCUCUGGAAGAAGUGGAGAAAGGGCAGGACAGCAGGUGUCCAGAGAGACGUCUACAUUCCCAUGUCGAGCUACAACCAGAGAGCUGAUUCCUCUGUUUGAGAUAGACAAGCCUCAGAUGUCAAAAUAAGUCGUUUUCUAGACCUGGUCGAGAAGUCUCCAUUGGGCCCAACUGAGUUUUUUCAGCUGGUUUUUCAACCAAACAGCACCCCAUCUCUGAGUGAGGGGAAGGAAGGCUGAGCUGACAGCAGCAAGUCUGCUCCUUUCAAUUCUCCCCACCCAGCCAUGCCGGCCGCCACACCUGGUGGGGAGAGGUGUACCUCAUCUGGGUCGAGUCUUGACAUUGCCCUGCAAUAAUAAACGUGUGCGUGGUUGGGUGUGGUGGCUCAUGCCUGUAAUCCCAGCUCUUUGGGAGGCCGA